AUGCUGCCAAGUGACGUGGCAUUUUACACGCAGAUAAUCCAGUUCCUGGACUGCAUCAAGCUGGGAGAGAAAUUUACGGGACAGGCACCAAAUGGAUACCACAUCAUCACGCACGGAAAGAAUGGAUUUGGCGAUGACGUCCAAUUUGUGUACGAUUCGUUUACGAAGAAGAUCAGGUAGGGUGAUAGGGUUUGACCAUUUUUUGGGAUUGGAAAACUUUUAAUUUAAAAAACUCCUUUUAGUGAGAACGAACUGGAUUUGUAUGACACGCAGACUGGCUUGACCGACUACCGCGUGCUAAUGGGAGUGGCGGAUGAGGAAAUUGUCAGCGUGGCGACUGGAGAUCUAAGGGGAACAAUGUAAGAAACAUUUUGACGUAAUUUUCUUAUUUUUCAGGACCUGUUUCGUUGUCGAGAGGAAGUAUGAGGAAUCAUUGUGUGCCGCGCGCGCAGUUUCUUUCGUAGAAUUGUUGGGCAAGAACAUAGUGAAAAUUGGGUGUGCUCCAGGCAUGCACCGAAUCCCGAACUUUGUCUAUGAUAUGAAUGGAAAUUUGUCGGAAAAAUACGAGCAGAAAACCACCGACCAAUUUAACUGCAACAGCACGCUGGGUGUAUUUGGAGACCACAUUGUAUUCAAAAAUGGAAGUUGUAAGCAACUGAACUGGGCCGAUUCGCAACACAGGUGGAACGCAGAGGAAUGUGAUGACAAGAAGUACACCUUGAAUUCAAAGAACUUUCAGCUCUUUUCAAUGGCAAGUUUGCAAUUUUCCGAGAGGCUAUUUUUCCUUCAUGCCCAAUAUAAUUUCGAUUAUUUUCAGCGCUAUCUGACGAUCAAGUUCGCGACCGGCCAGUGUGCAGAGCCAACGGAACUGUCGACAGAAGCUAUGGACAACACGUACAUCAAGUCCCUUUUCCUCUCCCCGGAAGAAGAAGAAGCGUUGAACACGACCCCAGAAGACCGCCUACCGGAAGUUCGAAAAACCCCAAGUUCGACAACCAAAAGUUCGAAUGCCGCAAGUUCGAAUGCCGCAAGUUCGAAUACUAGAAGUUCGAAAAACCUCAAAUUAGAAAAACCAAAAGAUCGAAAACCGGAAGUUCGAAAUAUGAAAAUAUAAAAAAUGCAGAAUGAAAAAAAAGAAUUAAAACAGAAAAAUAGAUUUUGUUUAUAAAAUAGGAUAAUUUUAACUUAAAGUCUUUGCGAUCUCAUUCAAAAAAGACGGAACAUCGAACUCGGAAAAACGGGUUAACAAAUUACCAAAUAUGAAGGAAGCAAUAUCCACCACACAAAGCCACGAAUCCCGAGAACGACACAGUUGGAUUGGCUCCGUGACGAAUCUUGAUCAGCUCGACACCACCAACCUCCAUCGUAGAGAAUGAAUGAAUGAUUGAAGAGGAAGUGUAUUUUGCAAAAUAAUUAUAUGCAAAUUAUAAUUUAAAUAUUAAUUAACUUUUUUUCAUUUUCGAACUUUAGUCAUUCGAACUUUAGGUUAUUCAAAGUUACGGUCAUUCGAACAUUAGGUAGUUCGAACUGGAGGUCGUUCGAACUUUAGUCAUUCGAACUUUAGGCAUUCGAACUUGCGGAUUCGAACUUGCGGUAUGUCUCCACCCCAGAACCAGAACCGGAGCCACAGACUGAGGCGACUCCAUCGAACGCUGGGUAGUAUGUUUUAGGGGCAGGUCUCUUCCUCGUUCUCUCGCUUUCAAUUGCUGCUGCCGUCGUUUUGAUCAGGAAGAGGGCGAAGAAGUAAGUCUUAGGGGUCGAAAAGAGACUUUUUUCUAGGUCUGUUUUGGAUCGUAAUCCCCUCACUCAUGUCCGCUACGAUUUUGGCCUGCCGACACAAGUGCCGGCGCUGCAACAAAAGAAUGACCGUUUCAAAGAGGUAAAAUUGGACAAUGGUUACGUCGUCCCCAUUCCGGUGAGUUUUGCUUGCAUUUUGUUGAAUUAGGAUAAAAAGUGGUCGGAUUAGAUAGAGCACGGCUAGGUAGGGUUCGGAAAAUUGGGGUAUAUUCACCAUGCGGGUAUAUACCCGAAAUCUCGGGUAUUUAUAAAAUUACCCUAAAUUAGUCCAAUAUAGUACCAAUAUGAAGUCGUUAAUGAAUCAGUGGCAACUUAUUCAUUAACCUAAUCAUGUUUGGAGUGAUAUUCUUUAUUUUCCCAACUACAACAAACAAAACUAGUACUUUAACAAUGAAAAAAGCUUAGCAAUCCCAUAUGGCAAAAAACAAAUUAUGACAAAAUGUCAACAUUUAUUGAUUUUUUAUGACAAAACUCGACUUUUUUUAAAUACAUUUUUUGAAUGCAAAAGUACUUUGAAUAUACCCAUAAAUACCCGAAAAUAUCCGGCCUCUCGGGUAUUUGGGUAUAUACCCCGGGUAUACACCCCGUCCGAACCCUACGGCUAGGCAAUGACCUGGCUGAGAUAAGCUAUCUGUCCGGUGACCGGACUGGCAAUUCGCCAAAAAAAAGACGCGAGAAAACGUUUCGUCGGGGAAGGAAUGGGGAAUUUUUGGGACCAGAGAGUACUUUUUUUUUCUUUUCUCUGACUUCUCUGUGAAAUCAAGACGAAGUGUAAAAAACCGAUAGCGAAGAGUCUAUUCCGCUCACCGGACUCCUCAGUUUGACGUGCUACGCACUGAAUAGUGACACUUCCGGAACCGGGGAAAAAUCAAAGAUAAGGCUUAGACCUAUCAUCUGAACCAUCUGACUGUUAUUAACUUCGGAUUUUUUUAUUGUUUUUCUGAUUGCUACUUUUUUAUGUAGUAGUGCUAAAAAGUAAUUUUUUAAAAUUUUUCUAAAAAUACGCGAUAGCUCGCGAAGUCGUGACCGAGAUCAAGGAGGUUGCCUGAAAUUACCCGAAAUGGUCUCAAUGCUUGGUCAAAACGCUUUUCAGGUCGUCAAAAGCUUUUUUUGAACUACUAGUAACAUUAUUUUCAGAGGAUCUUGGAUAUUAAUCGUGACUUAGGCCAAGGUCGUGACCUUGUUAACGACCUGACCUAAAGGAACUGUCUUGACCGCCAUAGUCUAAAAUACUCUAAAAAUAAUUUUACUAGUUUUUCAAAGAAAAGCUUGGUGACCACCUGGCCUAAAUAAAGUGCCUUGACCAUCAUAGUCAAGCAUUGAGACCAUUUUCGGGUAAUUUCAGGCAACCUCCUUGAGCUCGGUCACGGCCUAGGUCGCGAGCUAAUAAAGUGCAGUUUUAAUCAGCAACCUCUAAAACCCCUAAAUCCAAUAUUUUUAGAUAAAUGUCAAAAAAAUUUAUUUUUAACACUAAUACAUAAAAAAGUAGCAAUCUGAAAAACAAUAAAAAAAUUCCGAAGUUAAUAACGGUCAAUCCAUUCAGAUGGUUCAGUUGAUAGGUGCCUUUGAUUUUUCCCCGGUUCCGGAAGUGUCCAAAUUCCGGAAAUGUCUUGACGCGGCGCUGGCGACAAAAGUUCAAGAUGCACUGUGCGAAAGCGAAUAGUUUCCAGUAAUAGUUUGGCCCCUUAUUGUUCAUAAUCGAAGCUUUUCCAAAUCGUUGGCCGAUUUUUGGUGCAAUAAUCCAUGAACUUUCAGAAAACGUUCUGUAAGGAGUAUGGGGAUGUGGAGUUGGUUUCUAAAAGCCAAUUCGGCUUGAUUUGCAAAUACCAGUGGAAAGGGCCCAUCCAUGUCAAGUUUGAAGUGAAGCUGUCCGGCUACAACCAGCCAAUACUCAACGAGGUGGCCAUUUGCGAGCUGUGUACCAACUCCGACAACAAGCUGUAAGUGCCGGGAAAUGGGGGGAGAUUUUUGGUUUCAGUGCGCGCUUCCUCGACUACAAGGGAGCUUAUGGAUUCUAUGAGGAAGGAGCUUAUGCCCUCCACUUGUCAGCAGGCGUGCAUACACUCAGAGAUCUCCGCAACGGAGCGGUAAUGAAGGAUGUGGAGAUGGCCAAGGUUGCAUAUUCUGCGUUGGACUGUGUUGACGCGCUUGAAGCCUUUGGGAUUUGUCAUCGUGACAUCACUGAGGACGCAUUCCGUCCACAGAAGAGUAUUGUAAGUCUGAGUUUUCGAAUAUAAUUAUGAUCCUUGCAGUUUGUCCUCACCGAGUUGGGCUGGGCUGUCCGCCUCGGCUCAAAGCGCGAUCCCUACUACCCGCAUCCCGAAUUGGCCUCCACUUUUAUAAAAGAGAAGGAAACGUUGCCGGCUGAUGAUGCGGAGAAUGUGAUCUUCAUGCUCUUGAAUAUGAUGACGGAUAGACUUCCGUGGGCCGAUACGAAGGGCAUUAAGUCCAUUACCAAGAAGAAGAAAAAAUUUUUUGAGGAAGGCAUGGAUGGAACUUCGCUUAAGAACAACAAAACGGCUGGAAUCCUCUGCAAACUGAGGGCAAUGAUCGUAAAAACCCCGAGAAAUGUUGAAUUAGCUGUGGAGUUGAAGGCCGAGCUUAUUAAUGUAAGUGGAAAUUGUACAUGUAACAAAGAUUUUUUUAGCUUUCCAAACCCGAUGAUCCCACUCUUCCGGUUGAGUGGCCUGGCUCCAACGACAAACCAACAACUAAAAGUUUCCUGUGA